AUGUUCAGCUGGUUGGGUACCGAUGACAGGAGGAAGAAAGAUCCAGAGGUCUUCCAGACUGUCAGUGAAGGACUCAAGAAGCUCUACAAAACCAAACUGCUUCCUCUUGAGGAACACUACAAAUUCCACGAGUUUCACUCACCCGCGCUGGAGGAUGCAGAUUUUGACAAUAAACCCAUGGUUCUCCUUGUGGGUCAAUAUUCUACCGGCAAAACCAGCUUUAUAAGAUAUCUUCUGGAACAAGAUUUUCCUGGUAUGCGGAUUGGUCCAGAACCCACGACGGACUCCUUUAUAGCAGUGAUGCAUGGCACCAUGGAGGGACUAAUACCAGGAAACGCUCUGGUCGUAGAUCCCAAAAAACCCUUUCGGAAACUCAACGCCUUUGGCAAUGCCUUCCUUAACAGGUUCGUGUGCGCCCAGCUUCCCAACCCGGUUUUGGAGAGCAUCAGUGUGAUUGACACUCCAGGAAUCUUGAGCGGAGAGAAACAAAGGAUCAGCAGAGGCUAUGACUUCGCUGCGGUGUUGGAGUGGUUCGCCGAGCGCGUAGACCGCAUUAUCCUCCUUUUCGACGCCCACAAGCUGGACAUCUCAGAUGAGUUUUCAGAGGUCAUCAAGGCCCUAAAGAACCAUGAAGACAAGAUCCGUGUGGUGCUCAACAAGGCCGACCAGAUCGAGACACAGCAGCUGAUGCGAGUUUACGGCGCCCUCAUGUGGUCACUGGGAAAGAUCGUAAACACGCCGGAGGUGAUUCGUGUCUACAUUGGCUCUUUUUGGUCGCAUCCAUUGCUGAUUCCAGACAAUCGCAAGCUGUUCGAAGCAGAGGAGCAAGACCUGUUCAAGGAUAUACAAUCACUUCCUCGCAAUGCCGCUCUUCGCAAGCUCAACGAUCUGAUCAAGAGGGCCCGUCUGGCUAAGGUCCAUGCAUACAUCAUUAGCUCCCUGAAGAAAGAGAUGCCCUCAGUCUUUGGGAAGGACAACAAAAAGAAGGAGCUGAUUAACAGCUUGGGUGAGAUCUACAGCCGCAUUGAGAGGGAACACCAGAUUUCCCCGGGAGACUUCCCUAAUCUGAAGAAAAUGCAGGAGCAGCUUCAGGCACACGAUCUAAACAAGUUCCAGCCUCUAAAAAUGAAGCUUUUGGACACUGUGGAUGAUAUGCUGGCCCAUGACAUCGCCCAACUUAUGGUUCUGGUGCGCCAAGAAGAAACGCAGCGUCCUAACCAGGUGGUGAAGGGUGGUGCUUUUGAGGGCACCAUGAACGGGCCGUUUGGACAUGGAUAUGGUGAGGGAGCUGGAGAGGGCAUUGAUGAAGUAGAAUGGGUUGUGGCACGUGACAAACCCAUGUAUGAUGAAAUCUUCUACACUCUCUCGCCUGUCAAUGGCAAAGUGACUGGGGCCAAUGCCAAGAGGGAGAUGGUGAAGUCCAAGCUGCCAAACACUGUGCUGGGAAAGAUCUGGAAGCUGGCUGACAUUGAUAAAGACGGGAUGCUCGAUGACGAGGAGUUCGCCUUGGCCAACCAUUUAAUUAAGGUCAAACUUGAAGGUCACGAGCUGCCAAGUGAUCUGCCCGGGCAUCUCGUGCCUCCCUCCAAGAGGAAAGUUCCAGAGUAA